CGCAUGAUAAACUGCCCCGUCUGUCUAAAAAAAGUCGACAUUGCGCUCAUCAACAAACAUCUAGAUACGUGCACAGAACAGUGUGACAAUGCCCUGCCGCACUCCGCUCCCACUUCGGCUACAGAGACUGUCCCUGAGCCGACUUCACAGCCUGCACAGCCUGCCAAAUCGGUCUCCUCGCUGCUGACAGGUACCAAAACCACCAAGAAGUCUUCCUACAAGUAUGAAAACAACCAAAAACGGACUCUCUCAGACAGUCAGUCGAUGUCAUCUGACCAAGAAGGAAACACAUCAAUAGAUAUCGUUGAGCCGGAGCCAAAGGUGCGAAAAACCGAUCCUGCUGACGAGCUACGUCUUCUGAAGGCGCAGGCCAAAUUGCCAUUAGCAGAGCGUCUUCGGCCGUCCAGCCUCGAAGAUUACAUUGGUCAGGAACAUUUGGUCGGCGAAGGAGGCAUUUUGCGAGGGUUUAUCCAGAACGAUCGCGUUCCAUCGCUGAUACUAUGGGGAUAUCCCGGCACGGGCAAAACGACACUGGCACGAAUAAUAUCACACGCCACCAAAUCGCGAUUUAUCGAGCUCAGCGCGACGUCCAACGGGAUCAGCGACUGCAAACGUGUUUUCGAAGAGGCGCGCAACGAGUACAAGCUGACGAAAAGACACACCAUAGUAUUUAUUGACGAAAUCCAUCGGUUCAACAAGGCACAACAAGACAUUUUCCUGCCCCACGUUGAGAAAGGAACGAUCACGCUAGUGGGCGCAACGACAGAAAACCCAAGCUUUCAGCUGAACAGCGCUCUUUUGUCGCGUUGCAGAGUUUUCGUCCUCAACAGGCUCACUUCUGACGAACUCCACAAAAUCGUAUCCAAAGCGCUUUUGGUGAUCAACAAGACGCGCAAGCUGGUCCAUAAUGUUCCUGUUUUGCGAUUCAACAAAGAGGCAAUCGGCUAUAUCUGCAACAUAGCAGACGGAGACUCGCGCAGUGCCUUGAACCUGUUGGAGCUUGCAGACUCUCAUUUCAUAACGAAUUACAGUUUGGAGCCAGGAAAGCAUGUGAUAGAGGUCAACGCUGACCAAUUGAGGGAAGUUCUAAAGCGUACGCACAUGGUCUACGACCGCGUAGGCGACGCUCACUAUGAUACCAUAUCCGCGUUCCAUAAAUCCAUUAGAGGAUCCAAUGCAGACGCUGCUAUGUAUUAUCUGGGACGCAUGCUUAAGGGAGGCGAGAAUCCGCUUUAUAUAGCCCGGAGGAUGAUACGAAUAGCAAGUGAGGACGUCGGUGUGCUUGACGACUCGUGCCUGCCGUUUGCCAUAGCGACGUACCAGGCAGUGCAAUUUCUUGGACUUCCCGAAGCAGAUAUGGCACUGGUACAUUGCGCGGUGAAACUGGCACGAGCACCAAAAUCGGUGGAAAUAUACCGAGGCUGGAACGAGCUGAACGCUAAGCUCGACUCUGAGCCGGAGUUUGCUUCAGCGUCCAUUCCGCUACAUCUGCGCAAUGCGCCGACUAAGCUUAUGAAAGAGGUUGGAUACUCAAAAGGUUACAAGUACAAUCCGGAUUACAAGGACGGACGUGUCAAGCAGGAGUAUUUUCCAGAACAAAUUGGCGAGAUGCAGUUUCUCACCGGACUGCACCUUGGCCUCAAACCAGAUCCUGAUCUGUAGCAUGUAUAGAGCGUUAAGGUUGUAGACACGGUGUCGAAGCAUUCUCAAAACCUUGUUUUAGGUCGAGGAUGCAUUGUUUAUCCUUAUAAGCUGACGCGAAUAGGGCAAG